AUGGAAUGGAUAGUUAAAUCGUAUUUCCGCUAUUCCCUGGCAAUUGGAAUUACAUCACAACAAUUUUCCAGGCAAAAGUUUUACAGUACCUUAUUUUCUCGGACCUAUGCGCUGAUCACCAAUAUCAUUACGCUCGCCGUGGCUCCCAUAUUUAUGUGGCAAGUUCGAUCGGUUUUUGAGUCGAAGAGGCACUUUCCGCCACUUGUUUUGAUCACAAAUGACAUAAGGUAUACGGUGUCCUUCCUGGUCAUUUUAUACACACUUCUAUCGCGAGGAUUUCGCGAUACAGCGUUCAAGGAAAUGCAGCCAUUGCUACUCACAUUAAUCCGAGAAGAAAAACGAUGUGGCUAUAGGGGCAGAGACGGUGUGCGAAGGUCCUUAAGGAUUCUGCUGCUCCUGAAGUUCUUCACGCUGUCGUGGCUGUGCACCACAGACAUCAUAUUUCUGUUCUACUCGUGCGAUGUGUUAGUGUGGGUCAACAUAGUCCGGUUCUUUUUCUUGUCCAAUGCCAACAAUAUCCUGAAUAUGGUGCCCAUGGGCUAUUUCCUAGCCUUGUGGCACAUUGCUCGUGGCUUCGAUUGCGUGAACCGGCGUCUGGACCAAAUAGUGAAAUCCAAAUCGCCCAGGGAUCAAAAGGAGCUGCGACAUCUCUGGUUUCUUCAUACUUCCCUCACCAGGACAGCUCUAAAUUUGAAUAAAAUCUACGCCCCCCAGAUGUUGGCCACCCGCUUCGAUCACUUUAUAAUAGGUGUGAUCCAAGCUUAUUGGGGAACUGUGUUCACCUUUGCCCUCUCCACGCCUUGGCUGUGGGUCGUUUACGGAAGUGUUCAAUACCAUGUGCGUUUGGUGGACUACUACCUCAUCGAUUACAUGUGCGAUGUGGCGGUGAAGUACCACGAUGCGGCCAAGCACUCCUGGAGCGAAAUUCGCUGGACGAAGGAGAUAAGUUCCUAUGUGAUCUACGCGAACAGUUCGAAGCUACAGCUCUGGAUUUGUGGUCUGUUCCAAGCCGAUCGCAGCAUGUGGUUUGGCAUGAUCAGCGGCAUUUUGUAUUAUAGUUUAGUUCUACUGCAAUUUCACUUGGUUAUGGGGAAGUAA